UCUUUAGUACAUAUGGUCACACUGUAUUUUUAGUUCACAGCUGUCGCCGCCCUGAUAAUAUAAAAUAACAUCUAGAAACGUGCCACAAGUAUUUCCAUUUUUACACAUAACAGCACACACACAAAGAUGGUCUUCAACUUUACCGCCUUCACAUAUAUUGUGGCUCUGAUUGGCGAUGCCUUUUUAAUAUUUUUCGCAAUAUUUCACGUCAUUGCGUUCGAUGAGCUGAAAACGGACUAUAAAAAUCCCAUAGAUCAAUGCAACAGUCUAAAUCCGCUUGUAUUGCCGGAAUAUUUGCUGCAUGUAUUUCUAAAUUUAUUAUUCUUAGUCUGUGGCGAAUGGUUCUCUCUGUGCAUUAAUAUACCCCUCAUAGCCUAUCAUGUUUGGCGCUAUAAAAAUCGCCCCGUGAUGUCUGGCCCGGGUCUGUAUGAUCCGACAACAGUUCUUAAGACGGACACUCUGUCUCGUAACAUGCGAGAGGGUUGGAUUAAGCUGGCUGUCUAUUUGAUUAGCUUCUUCUAUUAUAUCUAUGGCAUGGUUUAUUCGCUCAUCUCGACAUAGAGAGGUCCUACAUACAUACCUCUAGAAAGGGCACCACCUGCCUGGGGAUCUCAGCGCAUCUACAUCGUGUGUGUGUGUGUGUUUAUGUCUUUAAGUUGUCAUCAUACUCUUAUUUGCUUUUUUUUGGGUGAUUAGCUGAACGAUCUGAUUGAAAAACAAGAACAGCAACAACAACAAACGCGAACAAUACUGCACUUUGUAAAAUUUAAUGUUAAAUUACCAUCUGAAUUACGAUCCCAUGAACAAAGACACAUGUUUUCCCCCUCUUGUAAUGUACCUAUUAAUUUUCGGAAUUUUUUUGGUGUAGUUGGAUUUUAAACAACCAAUAAUAAAAUUUUUAAAAGAAAAA